UUUUGUUAAAUUUUUCCAAUUUUCAAUUAUUGACAGUAACGCAACCCGAGACCCGUCCCUUCAAUCUUUCAUUACUCCAUUUCCCAUAAAAAUCACCCCCAUACAAACCACUUCUAUUUCUUUCUGUUGGUUAUUUUUCAAAUUGAUUGAAUUUAUACAACACCCUUUUGUCCUAAUUUCCACCCUUGAUCGUGAAAGAUGAACGACGAUGGCCUUCGCCUGGGUUCAUUCGACGACGAUUGCUGGUCUGAGUUAUUUAUCGAUUACAGCGAUCUCCUCAACGGCGCCGUCCCGCCGGCCGAUCUCUAUUGGGAUCCUCAGCCGUCCACUCAAGAUGCUGUUUUGACAAUUGAUGCUCCACUUAGUGGAGCUGCAUCUCUAGUCAAUGAGUGUGCAGAAGAACAAGAAUGCCGAAAAAAGAGGGGCCGUAGUGAUCAAUGCGGUGGAGGAGGAACUAAAGCCUGUCGUGAGAGAAUGAGAAGAGAAAAAUUAAACGAGAGGUUCUCAGAAUUGUCUGCUAUUUUGGAACCUGGAAGACCGAUGAAAACCGACAAAUCAGCCUUACUUGGUGAUGCGAUCAGAGUUCUAAACCAAUUAAAAGCUGAAUCCCAGGAAUAUAGAGAGACAAAUGAGAAGCUUUUGGAAGAGAUCAGAACUUUGAAGGCUGAGAAGAAUGAACUUCGUGAAGAGAAGCUCGUGCUCAAGGCAGAUAAAGAAAGGAUAGAGCAACAAUUGAAAACGCAAGUCCUACCUCCGAGUGGGUUCUUGCCAGCUCAUCCACCACCCAUAUAUUCUCAUAUGGCCGGGCCCAACAAGAUGCCAAUGUUUCCCGGUUACAGUUAUGUUCCCAUGUGGCAGUAUUUACCCCCGUCUGCUCGUGAUACGUCCCAAGAUCAUCACCUCAGGCCACCCGCUGCUUGAUAUGUGAAUUGGUCAGCCUUUUUCUUAACUUUGACAUGCAAUGGAGCAAAUUUUUUUCCAAAGUGCAUAUGCUGGUAGAUAUGGUUAAUCACCAAUGAUACUAUCUUGGUUUAGGUACCUUUUUCGUUUGAAUUUUUAUGCCGGUUUGAAAUAUUGCAUUAGUUUAUUGUUAGAAUAAGUUGGAAAUUUUAAUGUCCCGUAUCUAAUUCUUUUGAUUCGGUCAAAUGUUUUUAUGUUAGACGUUGGUACUAUUUGAUGCUACCUCAAAGUUUCGUUGUUAUGUGAAAUUUGAUGGUGUCCUUCCUUGGGUAGUUGUGUUGGUCAAAUUUCACAAUUAUUUACACCUACCAAAUUAAUAAAUUAAC